CUCCGCUUAUAUCAACAAGCUCGGCCACCUCAAAUGAACUCGACCAUUCCACAGUUCCCACACUCCAGUCACGUGGUCUCCACCGCUGCCGUGUAAUAGUAAGCAGCAGCAACAACAGCAAGAAAUGCUAUGUCGAUCCUGCUAGGUGUUUUCCUUCUUUGUCUCCUUUACGGAAUCAUCCGUUUGCUCAAUUUUUGCAGCCCUUCUUUUUCACCACAGCUUUACUAUGACCACAAUUCACCAUUCGUCCAAAAUAUCUUAGAAUCAUGUUCCCUUCUUCGACAACCUUACAUCCCACUGUUACUAUGGGGAAAGAACGGCCACAUACAGACGUUGGUUUGUGGUGUGCGUGGGCGAAACAAAGACGUGGACAACUGGAAAGAAAGACGGGAACUAAAGAUGGAAGACGGAGCAACAUUGACGUUUGAUGUAUUCCAGCCGACGAGAGAACACCCACAUGGAGACUUUACAAUAGUUGUGUGCCCUGGCCAUGGAAGCAACAGUGAGAGCUGUUACAUUGGUUCAUUUGUCAGCCAUGCACAGAGUCAAGGUUACCGUGUUGUCAUCCAGAAUCACCUUGGGACACUAAAGGAUGUCAAGCUCACUUCACCACGAGUUUUUAACUAUGGUAACACUGACGAUUUCCAUAGCAUCACACUUGAGAUACAAAAACUUUAUCCGGAUACUAAAAUGAGUUUAGUUGGUUUUAGUAUGGGGGCCAAUAUUGUUCUCAAGUACCUCGGAGAGAAUUUUGAAAAUCAGAAGCGCUUUCUCUGUGGCCUGUCAAUUUGUCAAGGAUAUGAUGCUAAUUUAGCUGUGUCCCACUACUUUGACACGCUGAGUCCAUGCAGUGCCUACUUAUUGCUGUUGACCACUCGCCAGAAAUCACUGCUGUGGGAACAUAAAGACGUAUUGUUCAGUGAUGAAGCGAAGAACAGAUAUGGAGCCCUAGAUGAGGAUCGCAUCUUUAACUCACCCACUCUCCUAGAAAUUGAUGAAUAUUACAGCCGGAGAGUUGCUGGGUUUUCCAGUGUCCAAGAAUAUUACCGAUGGUGCAGUUCUAUUCAUUAUUUAGAUAAUAUCAAAAUUCCAUUAUUGUUACUCAAUGCUGCUGAUGAUCCUCUCGUCCCUCAAGAUCUUUUAAAGAUACCAAAAGCUCAUGCAAUGAAUAAUGAGAAAUGUAUUAUGGCUGUGACGACACAUGGCGGACAUCUUGGCUACCUUGAAGGUGGAAGCUUCUUUCCAAACGAAAUCUCUUGGUCGGAUAAGCUUAUCGUUCAAUAUUUGGACACAAUCAUCUCACGACACAUGGCCAACGUUGCUGAACUACAAACCUAGUGGAAUCGGACCAAAUAAAUCAUCAUUGUUAAAUAUAUAUAAUUAAUAUCAUUAUUGCUAUUAUUAAUUAUAUUGUUAUUAUUGCUUUUGUUAUCUGUUUAUUUCUACUACUUUUAUAUCAUCAUCAUCACUAUCCUCACCCUCCUCCUCAUCAU